AUGACCAGCUUUGAUAAUCCUGGGUUGUUUUAUCAGGAAAGGCAUUUUGCGAACGAUGACGUUCCGGAUGAGGGUCGUGAGAUUAUUGCAGAAUACAAAAAUACCACUGAACAGUUCCGCCGUUUCAUUCGAGAAUAUACUACUGGUGGUUUUGGAAUGAUAUACAGAGAACAACUGAAGAAGAAUUAUAAUCUUGGAGAAUAUCGAUUGGAAAUUUCCUUGAAUGAUUUGAAAAAUUUCGAUGAAGAAGCUGCUAUUAAACUCAGGAAGUAUCCGUCACGGUUCAUGCCUGCGUUAGAAGAAGCAGCAAAGAUAGUGGCUGAUGAGAUUACUCAGCCGAGACCAGAGGAUGAAGAAGAAGUCCACGACAUUCAAGUAACGUUGACUCUUGACGAAUAUCCGAGUAGCAUUCGAAGACUCAAGAGUGAGCAAGUGUCACAAAUUGUCAAAAUCUCAGGUAUCGUAGUGGCAGCAUCUCAGGUACGUGCCAAAGCCACUCGAGUCUCACUUCAAUGUCGUACGUGUCGUCAUGCUAUUAACAAUAUCGAAUUGAAACCGGGCCUUGAGGGAUUCUCACUGCCUAGAAAAUGUGCUGCUAAUCAAUCCACACAACUGCAACGAUGUCCAUUAGAUCCAUAUUUCAUCAUACCUGAUAAGUGUCGUUGUGUCGAUUAUCAAAUGCUGAAAUUACAAGAGAAUCCCGAAGAUGUGCCUCAUGGUGAAAUGCCGCGUCAUAUGCAACUCUACUGUGAUCGGUAUUUAACCGAUCGAGUUGCACCAGGUAAUCGUAUCACUCUUAUUGGCGUGUUUUCAAUCAAAACAGCACAAAAACAGAAAGUCACAGAUAAAUCGCUGCUAGGCAUCCGUGCGCCGUAUAUUCGUGUUUUGGGUAUUCAAGUAGGGAUGAGUGGACCGGGUCAUGCCGAUCAGCUCUCGUUUACACCUGAAGAAGAACGGAAAUUCAGAGAAUUAUCGAAGAAGCCUGAUGCCUAUCAAAUAAUCGCAAACAGUAUAGCACCUUCUAUAUAUGGAUCUGAAGAUAUUAAGAAAGCAAUCGCUUGUCUUUUAUUUAGUGGUUCACGAAAGAGAUUGCCGGAUGGUUUAACUCGUCGUGGUGAUAUCAAUGUACUUCUCCUUGGAGAUCCGGGAACGGCAAAAAGUCAGCUGUUGAAGUUCGUUGAAAAGGUUGCUCCAAUUGGCGUGUAUACGUCAGGUAAAGGUAGUAGUGCAGCUGGUCUAACAGCUUCGGUUAUUCGUGACCCACAAUCAAGAUCGUUUAUAAUGGAAGGAGGUGCAAUGGUGUUAGCUGAUGGUGGGAUUGUUUGUAUUGAUGAGUUUGAUAAAAUGCGUGAGGAUGAUCGUGUCGCUAUUCAUGAGGCCAUGGAACAACAAACUAUCAGUAUUGCUAAGGCGGGUAUCACAACCACGUUGAAUUCUCGUUGUGCCGUUUUGGCAGCAGCAAAUUCAGUGUAUGGUCGAUGGGAUGAGCAAAAGGGGAACGACAAUAUCGACUUUAUGCCAACAAUUUUGUCGCGUUUCGAUAUGAUCUUUAUUGUGAAAGAUACACAUGAUGUGAAUAGAGACACGACAUUAGCAAAACAUGUGAUCUCAGUGCAUGUGAACGCAUCAGCGAAUCGUGAACAUGAAGAGGAAGUAGCCGAGGGCGAGCUUUCACUUGAGUUCUUGAAGAAAUACAUUUCGUAUUGUCGUGUCACGUGUGCACCACGUCUAUCAGAGAAGGGAGGUGAAAAGCUCAUACACAGUUACGUUCGUCUUCGAAACCCACCUGUUGACGUCGAGCAGAAACGUUCUGAUGUGAACGGUAUUGGUUGCGCAGUUCAGGGUAAUAGAAUUGCAGAAACGCGUUCACGAUCAGCCAUACCGAUAACGAUUCGUCAGCUCGAGGCAAUCGUGCGUAUGAGUGAAGCUUUGGCUAAAAUGGAGUUACAACCAUUCGCCACUGAGAAACAUGUCGACGAGGCACUUCGACUCUUCCGCGUUUCGACAAUCGAAGCUGCAGCAACUGGAAAUCUUACGGGUAUCGAAGGCUUCACGAGUCCUGAAGAUCAAGAAGCGUUCAAUCGCAUUGAAGCGCAACUAAAGAAACGUUUUGCGCUGGGUACUCAUGUAUCCGAAUAUUUGAUCGUGCAAGAUUUCGUGGGACAAAAUUAUCCAGAGAAUUUGGUUAAAAAGGUAAUCCAAAUGUGUGUUCGUCGUGGUGAGUUGCAAUAUCGUAUGCAGAGGAAGAUGCUAUAUCGUGUCCAUUAG